CCUGGUCGGCUCAAAACUGUCUCGCGCGUUAUUUCGAUAAUUCCUCCUCCCGCUCUCUCUCUCUCUCUCUCUCUCUCUCUCUCUCUCUCUCCGGUCGAAGAUCUGAGAUUUAUGCCGUUCAAAUGUGGAUGACGAGCACUCCUGUUUCGCGAGUGAACUCGUCAAGGAAUAAUGCUGGCUGGGACUCUCCAUGUGAAUUCUGAGUGCAAUAUGGUUUCUGAAGCCAUUCCAGUUAGUCGUCUAACAAGUGAGAAGGCUGGGAAUAGCAACCACAAUCAAAUUGAUGAGCUUCCAUGCCAGGAUAUGGAAACCAGGAAUGGAACAUUGGAAUUUGAUGAAGCCACAAUAAACCAUCACAGCGAACCUUGUCGAGGCGAAAGCAUAUCGGGAAUCCAUCAUGGGGCUAUAGAAGCUAACUUAAAUGUGAGUCCACUGUCCAAUGAUGUGCUUAAUGAAAUGACUCUGCAGGACAUGAACGAGUAUGAAACUGCUUUCAACGAAGAUGAUGAGGAGGAUAGUGAUUGGGAACCUUUGAAGAGGCAUGUGGAAAUUCUGAAGUGGUUUUGCACUAACUGUACGAUGGUCAACCUUGAUGAUGUUGUUCACUGUGAUGUUUGUGGGGAACAUAAACGCUCAGGAAUAUUGAGGAAUGGCUUCUUUGCUUCUCCAUUCUUUGAAGAUGCAAUUGCUUCUAGAACUGAAUCAGAAUCAGCAGGAAGAGAUGCAGAUUCUUCCUCAAGAAAUUCUGUCUCAAGCUGUUCCACUGCUGUGGGAUUUGAUGAGAGGAUGCUGCUACAUUCUGAGGUUGUGGUGAAAUCGCAUCCCCACCCUGAGCGACCUGAUCGUCUCCGAGCAAUUGCUGCUAGCCUUGCUACUGCUGGCAUAUUUCCUGGAAGAUGCUAUCCAAUUCCUUCAAGAGAAAUUACACAACAGGAGCUUCAGAUGGUCCACUCAUCAGAGCAUAUAGAGUCUGUUCAACUUACAAGCCAUCUGUAUUCUAGCUAUUUUACCCCGGACACAUAUGCAAAUGAGCAUUCAGCUCGUGCUGCUAGAAUUGCGGCUGGUCUAUGUGCUGAUCUCGCUUCAGAAAUCUUCUCUGGACGUUGCAAGAAUGGUUUUGCUUUGGUUAGGCCUCCAGGUCAUCACGCGGGUGUAAGACAUGCCAUGGGGUUUUGCCUACAUAACAAUGCAGCAAUUGCUGCACUAGCAGCUCAGGCUGCUGGCGCAAAGAAAGUGCUAAUAGUUGACUGGGAUGUUCACCAUGGAAAUGGCACGCAGGAAAUAUUUGAUGGAAACAAAACGGUUUUAUAUGUAUCCUUGCAUAGACAUGAAGGAGGAAAUUUCUAUCCGGGUACCGGUGCUGCCUGGGAGGUGGGCACCGCAGGUGCUGAAGGAUAUUGUGUGAACAUUCCUUGGAGCCGUGGAGGAGUUGGUGAUAAUGAUUAUGUUUUUGCAUUUGAGCAAGUUGUGCUUCCAAUAGCUUCUGCUUUUGGUCCUGAUUUCACCAUCAUAUCAGCUGGAUUUGAUGCUGCAAGAGGCGAUCCUCUGGGAUGUUGUGAUGUUACUCCGGCUGGCUAUGCACAGAUGACGCGUAUGCUGAAUGGUUUCUCUGAUGGAAAGUUGCUUGUUAUUCUUGAGGGCGGUUACAACCUCCGUUCAAUAUCUUCUUCUGCUACUGCAGUUAUUAAGGUCUUGCUUGGUGAACAUACUGAGACUGAAUUCGUGAAGAGAGGGCCUUCCAGAUCAGGGCUGCAAACUGUUCUCAAAGUUCUGCAGAUCCAAAAGAACUUUUGGCCUACAUUAGGACCCAGCUUUGAGGAGUUGGAUUUACAGUGGAGGAUAUUCUCCAUUCGGAAAAAGAAUAAGCAAUUAAAGAAGAGACGGCGGACGUUGGCUCCGAUAUGUUGGAAAUGGGGGCGGAAGAGCGUUUUUUAUCAUCUUCUUCUUAAAGGCCAUUUUGUCGCAAAAUCUAAGCGGCGUUGAGAGCUCUUCGGAGAGUUAUUUAGUAGUUGUAGAUGUAGUAGUCUGAGGGAUAUUCAACCUUUGUCCGUUAGCGGGGUCUGUAUUUCCUUGUUUACUACUCUGUCAGAUACGCAUGCAAAAUUGAUGAGCAGCGUAGUUCAUUUAAGAGCCCAUUCCACAUCAUUAUAGUGAAGCUGCAGUUUACUUGGA